GGCUGAACCAAGUGGUCACAUCAGUCGCCAACUGCGGAGUCUAUGCCAGAAGGACGGUGCACGGAACAUCGGCGCUCUGAACCGAAACCGACAAGAUAAAGAACGAGAAAACACAAGCGUAAAAGGCAGCUUGGGCUGUCAAUAAAUAUCCCACGGGAGCCAGGAGUACAUCCCGGACUCUUCGUGGUCCAGUUUCGAGACGUCACCGAAGCCACGGAUCACUUCCACAAUAAUAAAAAGAAAAACUACAUAAAGCACCAUAGAAAGACACCCGGACAGGUACAAGAACUACCGCGUUCCACGGGCUGGUGCCAGUGGAGCGUAACCGAGUGACGAUCGCUGAAGAGCGGCUUGUUGAUUUUGCUUUUUCGCCCGCUCCUUCCUUCGCCAGUGUGAGGACGUGUCGAGGACCGUGUCACCGGAGCAUAGCCUUUAUGGGACACCUGGAGCCCGGCACGGAAGUGAGACCUUCGCGGUGCCAGUUUGGGAGGCCGGAAACGACUAGGAGCCGUACCCGUCAAAGACGGUGCCCGGUUUCACCACAGAUCGGCCACACAAUCACGCCCGAUUGUAGCCGGCAAGCGCGUCUUCGUAAGCGCGGGUGCAUCGCCGUACCGGCUUCCUGACUCCGGAUGAAAGGACUCCAGGAAGAGACGUCUUCUGCAGCCUUUUCGUCAACUGUAGAGUAAAGCUGGUAAAAGCGCGUUUGUCUUUCCCUAAGGUCAACGUCCGGCGCUUAGAGACAACCACAGGGACGUCUUCCUAGAACAAGAACUCUUCAGGUUCAGUCUCGUCCGUUACUCAUAUCUCAAGGGACAAAAGCGAUCUCGCAAGACUCGCCGGCAUCCUUCGUUUACGCCAACUGAUCAUCAAGGGCGAGGUGUUGAAUCAUUUGCUCUACUUGUUCCUUAUUGAUUUGUUGUUUUGCGCCCAACGCAGGAUCGCGAAGAUAAGACCACAAGGCGAAGCCCUUAAUUAAGUCGACGGAAGCGAAGGUAGACCGCGUUUAGCCAAGACGACUUUGCCAGGAGCUUACCCUUGAAAUCGGCGGUUGCCCCAGGGAUACCUGAUCCGGAAAAGACCGCGAGGAAUUGAUUAAUCACGUUUCCUGACACUGACGAAGCCCAAGGAUUUGUAAUAAAUAAAAGACGUAAACGUUAGAGGAGGUUCCUUCAAAGGGCACGUUCUCGUUGUUGCUAGUGUUGUUUAUACGGCAUCGUAAAAACACUUCCACAUUCUCUCAGUGGUGCACUUGUAGUUACCAGAAAACCCGCAAAAACUUUCGGAAGGUAAGCUUCCGAUUUUCACAGGACUACGCUUAAAAGAAGAACAAAAGCUGUUAGCUUCAACUCAACAACAUGUGGUGCAAAGAAGUGUGGGAACAUUGUCCUCUAGUAACCUUCCAACGCCUCUGAAGGCCUACUGCGUCUAAACUGGUGUAGACCAGUCAUCAAACCACAUAAGCUCGCUUCGAACCAUAAGAAGAUCUCCGUAGGUCAUCGUGGAGUUUGUAUUGUCCAAGCUACACGAAUUAAGAACUAAGUAAGAUAGCUAUAACUUAAGCCAUUGGAAAUAUCCACCGUCAAGUCAUCCAUGUCUCUCAGCUCCAACACCGGUGGAACCCCAGACUCCUGGUGUCCAAUGGGACUACCACCGCGCGAGUUCGUGCGACGGGUGCCGCUGCCCCAAGUGGUGCGCAUCCAGGAGAGGGUGCAGUCUCCGUCCAGUCUCGAUCUGAGUCAGCCCUUGGUCCUGUACAAGGCGUACAAGUGCCGCAAGGUCCACGCUCGGAGUCUCAGUCCCGACGUACGGAGUCCUGGACUCAGCCUCGCGGGUCCGGCCCUGGUCAUUCCGGACAGCUACAGCGGCUGGUUCGCCAUCAUCUCUGAGGAUGGUCACACAGCCGGCUACUUCACCUGCCUGGAGCAGGUGGCGCUGGCGCAGGUCUCCCACUUCCUGGCCAGGGACCCGCUGCAGGGCUACAGGCUCCUAGGGUACAGCGAGGAGACCGGAAAGGCAGAGUACAGCAGGACUGUGGUCCUUCCGGGCCAAGUUCUGCGCUUCCUGGGCGUCUACGAGGACGUCAACAUCCGGCUCAGCUUCAGCCUUAGGUCCUUCCGGAAGGCGGACACCCGCUACGCCAAGUGCUACAGCCCGACGGGCGACGUCGUCUACGUGCCGCUCAGCUCCAAGGGGAAGUUCUACACGGUGGCCCGCAAGACGUCGAGGUCCGUCAACCACGUCUUCCUCAUGUCCCAGCUCCUCAAGUUUGCCAAGGUGCCGCUCACGGUGCGGUUGGUCAGCGGGCCGCUGCCCAGAGUCCCCUGCGGGUUCACGGGGGUCCUGAGGCUCGAACACGUCCAGGAACAGGAGGUCGUCCUGGCCUGCAGUCUCCAAGAUAACCGCCCCACCCUACUUGAGAUCGACCUGGGCUCGACCUUCUCGUUCGCACCCGAGAACGACCCGCGGAAGGUCGGCAAGGCCAGCAACGUCUACAACCAGAUGCUGCGUUACUGCAUGGAGGACGCAGACAAGUGGCGCAUGGAGAUCAAGGUCGCCCACCAUGUCGUGCCACACUACCGGACCCUCAAGAAGUCCCUGUCCUCGGUCAGCAAGAAGUCCAUGGACCUGCCGUCCUCCGGCAUCCCAACGCUCAAGUCCCAGACCUCCAACUCGUCCAAGAAGUCCACCACUUCAUCCAUGUCCAGCAACCCCUUCAAGAGGCUCUGGGCCUUCCACAAAACACGGAAGCUCAAACCGAUGGGCGAUGGCUCCGAGACGGCGGACGAGUUUGAGAAGUUCGGGGUCUUUCGCAAGGACGGGUUCUCGUCGAGGAUGUUCGGCGGCACGGACCACAUCUACGAGUCGAUACCGCGGGUGCAGCGGAGAGCCCGAUACCUCCUGUCUCGCGACCUGCUCGGGUUCAAGGGUGCGUGCGAGUUCGAGCCGGGCGACGAUGGCUACGGUACCUCUCACCUCGACAGCGACUCGGUCUACGACUCCAUUUCAUAGCUAAGAGGGACUGAAGUAUUAAAGAUUCUGUGCAACCGUCAUCACGUUUGAGGACUCAAGUCAGCUUCUGCAAGCCGGAAGCGAUUGCCGUUGCAUCCGUCGGAACUUUACAACUGUGUCGUGCGAUGUGCCGACCGAGGUAGAUUGUUCCCCUUCAUGGCCCCCUGCAGAAGUGGUGCAGCAAUGCGAUUGGCAAUCCAUGGACUGGACUGGGACCUAUUUCGUGGCUGUCUGCUUUUGCCGUAAUGUGGAGCGUUGCAUGCCCGUGGUGCAAAAGACUGGCACCUGUGUGAAGCCGUUAUUCGUGUGUCCCCAAGCUUGUGAAUGGUGUUGGUUUAUUACACGUUUCUGUCUCGGACCUAACAAAAAUCCCACUUCCGCGAAGUGCCUUUUUGUUUUUUAAUGGAAACUGUUCAAGAAGCCCAUACAACAGUGUGGACUAGUCUAGUAAGUUAACAAAAGCUUUCAAUGCUUGCAUUCCUAACAUGCAACAUUUCAGCAAUACAGUGAUGACUGACACUGCCUUCUUUAGGUGCGCAAUACAGAGCCAGAAAAAAUAACACGACAUGCCACAAAGUCUAACUUUGGGCUGCCAAGAAAAAAAUGUAGGACGAAAUUGUUUCUGGAAGCUACCAAGAGUUUUCCUUAUCCCAGUGGCCAAUAGGGUUUUUAAACUUGGAACUAGAUUACGGGAGAACAACUUGUUUUCAGAAAAUAGGUGAGUUGAAUGAAGACAAAAUGUGUAUCAAGUGUAGCAAAGAAGUAAAAGCCAUGUCAUCAUCAACAAUGCUGUCGAGGUCAGUCUCUUUAUUGCUUGUCAAUGUGACAAACAACGGCGUCCACCUAGGAGUCUGCGAUG